AUGUGCGCGCUCCACUUUGGCUCCUUUCUCUGUGGCGUCCGCUUCGAUGCCGAAUGCUACCGACUCCACUUUCCUGGAGGGAUUGGCAGGAUGAAAUUAAGCAAUGAGGGUAGUACAGUGAUCCUGAAUCAUACCUGGGUGUUGGGUGAUGUUUUCAGGUUGGGUCGCUCUAACUCUGCCCUCAAAUACAACUCAUGUGCCGCAAACGUACUACUAGGCGAGAAGUGGGAAAUCUCAUGCUCCGACUUCAUGGUGAUCUUGGCGCUGGUCAGUAUUGGGUAUCCUAUAGGUCAGAUCGGCGGAUAUUCCACAGAUUCAGGCAAGAUGCGCACCUUAGCCGCAAAGAUGACCAGUUUUGCAAUGGCUAUUCAGCCCGAAAGUGGCGACCGCGUAGGCAUUUGGGGCAUGCUACAGCCUGCGAUUGUCAAGAUAGAAGAAGAACUCUCGAAGGUGCAUACCUCAGUGCAAGAGCUGAUGAAGAUUAACGGUGCUACUAGGAGUCUGGGAUCCCAAUCACGUAACUUGAUGUACCUGAGGGAGCCGAGGCGGAAGCAGGGGGAAGGCGAAGCGUCGGGUAAGCAGAAGGUGCCGGCUUUUGGUGCGUGGAAGGGGGAUGUGCUUAAGGAGGAUAGGGAGGGCGGGUAUGAGCUUGGGCAGUGGGGUUCUCGCGAGACGAAACCAACUAGGCGUCGGGAACAGGAUUCAGAACGGACAGAACUGGACGAUUAG